AUGUCCCUGGAGAUCAAUAGCGGGGAAAUGCUGGCGUUGCUUGGUCCGUCCGGUUGCGGCAAGUCGACAACGCUUUUUGCAAUCUGCGGCAUCCACCGGAUGAAUUCGGGGCGGCUCUUGUUUGGCGAGCGCGAUGUCACCCGGAUAUCCUCACAACAGCGCAAUGUCGGCGUCGUGUUUCAGAAUUACGCGCUUUACCCGCACAUGAAUGUCUUCGACAACAUCGCAUUUCCGCUGAAAGUGCGAAGGGAUACCCGGGCAGACAUUGAACGGAAGGUCAAGGAUAUUGCGGAUCUCGUUCAUAUUGGCGAACUGCUCCACCGCAAGCCUGCCGAGCUAUCCGGAGGCCAGCAGCAGCGUGUCGCUCUUGCGCGUGCUCUGGUGCGCGAGCCCGACAUUCUCCUGCUGGAUGAGCCGCUUGCCAAUCUGGAUGCAAAGCUGCGUCUUGAAAUGCGGUCCGAAAUCCGCCGUAUCCAGCAACAGACGGGGAUCACGGCCGUGCUUGUCACGCAUGACCAGGUCGAGGCGAUGUCCAUGUGCGACCGGAUCGCGAUCAUGGACCAGGGGAAAAUCAUGCAGCUAUCGUCUCCCAAGGAGAUGUAUGAGGAUCCUUCUUCGGAUUUUGUCGCUGGUUUCCUUGGCAAUCCACCGAUUGCCUUUCUGGAAGGUGUUGCAGCGGAGGGGGGAAUGCGCCUGGCCAAUUCCGAAGUUACGCUUCCCGUUCCUGCCGCAAUCAACCUGCCGGAUCAUGGCGCUGCGGUCCGUUUUGGAAUUCGGCCGGAAUUUUUCCAGCCCGAUAAUGAUCUAAAGAUCAAAGGCAGGAUCAGCUUCGUGGAAACGCAAGGCCGUGAAGAGCUUUAUGACGUUACGCUGGAAAACGGCUCGGUGCUGCGGUCGAUCCAGUCGCAAGGUGGCAGUUUCAAAUUGGGGGACAACGUGAACUGGGGGAUCGCCGGAGACCGGAUUCUGGCCUUCGAUGCUGCCGGCAACAGGCUUUGA